UAAUGCAAUAAACAACAGAUUAUGAUGAAAUGCAGCAUUAUCUUAAAUUAGCUUAGGAUGGUGAUACUGAUGCAUAAUUCAAAGUAGGUUUAAUGUAUGAAGAUGGAAAAGGGGCUCAAUAAAAUAUUUAAGAAUGUAUUUAAUGGUAUUUUGAAUAUUAUUAAUUUUAGGUAUCAAUUAGCUGCAAAUAAACAUGCUUAAGCUGCAUAUAAUCUGGCAUCUAUUUAUUAUUUAGGUAGAGUUGUUGCUCCUGAUUAUAAAAUUGCAUAUAAAUACUUUAGCAAAGCAGCUGAAUUAUAAAAUGAAUAAGGAAUGUUCUAACUAGGCUUGAUGCAUUUAUUUGGAUAAGGAGUAGAAUAAGAUUUUGAAAAGAGUAGAAGUUGGUUUGAAAGAGCUGCUAAAUUAGUAUUUAUUCAUUUUUUAUUUCUUUUCAAGGGAUCAGUAUCAGCUAUGAACAAUCUUGGUAAUAUUUAUAGAUCUGGAAUUGGAACUCAUAUUUAAAUUGAAGAGGCCAAAAAAUAUUAUAGAAUGGCAGCAGAUAAAGGGGAUUUAUGUGCAAUGACAAACUUGGCUACAGUGUUAUUGUAAUGUAAUCCCACUGAAGCUUUUGAUUGGUACCUCUAGGCAGCCAAAGGUGGUUUUGAAAAUGCUUAAUAUAAUCUGGCUGUGCUUUAUGAAGAAGGAACUGGAACUAAAUUAAAUUUAUAAUAGGCUCUAUACUGGUAUAAAUAAGCAGCAUAAGCUGGUAAUAUUGAAGCAAAAGAGGCUGUUACUCGUUUAAGUCCUAUAGUUCAAAAUUAAUAAUAAAAUGACAAACAAUAGUAAGGUUAAAAUACAUAAUAAUCUUCUGCCAAAAAAGGUGGAUGUGGCUGUAUUGUAUUUUGA